AAAUUCCAACGGCACCUGAAGUGCACACUUCGUGCAUCAGACCCGACUGAUAGCUUUGUGCAAUUUCCACACCGACCCAGUCAAGUCAUGGCUGCUCUAAGGUGCUGAAAGAUGCAAAAGUCGGGGCAAGCUUGCAUUGUCCAACAGUCAGAUUCAUGGAUGUGGUGGAAGGUUUAUAAAACAGCCACCGAGCCACGACGCUGCUUAUAGCUUCGUGCUAGCCAUCGCUACCUACCCGAGCAAGUCGUCAAUGCAUGGCCACCAGGGGACCAGUGUUGACUCACCCACCCAGACUCCUGACAUGGGGAGUAAAAUUUCCUUCAGCAGAAGGAGGACCGACCAGUAUACAGUCUCUGAAUUAUCUGCUGUGACAUCGCAUCCUUGUAGUUCCUUUCAUCCACCGACAGACUGCAAAGAGGGGACCAGAGCUGCAGAAUGCAUUGAGGAGAAACAGGAUUCUGAAUGGGGGGAGGAAAUGAAAUUGGCAAAUCGAUGUAAACCUUUACCUGCAUCUCCCUCAUCAGAGACCCUGAAAUCAGACGAGACUCUGAAAUCCAAAGGACCUGUUAAUAGCAACCGCCAACCUAAUGCUGUCUCACACUUAGGGAUGGAUGCAAAGGCUCAAAUGGCACCUGCAAGUGUGUGCCACUUGAAAACAGACAAUCAUGGAUUACCCGUGGCGGGGAGAAGGACAAGAGGUCAUCCUAGAAAAAUGAAAUCCUCAAAGCUCAAGGACAAAAUGUCCACUUCUUCGGACAAAUUUGUGUCGGAUCAACACGAAGAGCUUGGCACUGCAACACGAGUGCCAACUUUCGCUAAAAGCCGCAAUGCUGAAGCUCUUUUCUCAUCUUACAAAGAGACCUCUCGAACUUGCACAGCCCCUGAUCACAAACCAGAGGAUGGGGUCUCUUUGGGGUCUAAAAGAAAAAGAGUAAGACCAACCGAAAGGCAAAUGGCAGUUUCUGAAACUUCUGAGGAUGACCUUGCCCGUCCGACACAAAAACCGAGAAGUCUUGAAGAACGACAUCUCCCAACACCGGAUGAAAACAACUGCUCUGAUGUCAUAGUGGGCCCAAAAGAAAUAGAGGUCUCUCCUCCUCCUAAAAGUGCAAAACUUCAAGCGAAUGAAAAAUCUAACUUGCAAAUUGAUCACCAAACCGCUGCUCAAGUUUGCAAACCGGAUGUUUCGCUAUCGCUGGUAAGCGGUGGCACAGGCUCUAUGGAUGGAGCAGAGAUGGGAAAACUGCAGGGUUUGGAUGGAACGCCCCUGCAAACUCUUCCUGACAAGCAAGUGGAAAGGGAUGGUCAACAUCACGUGGUGAACCUUUGCGGAAACAGAGGAGACGUGUCCCCUCGGUCUGUAGUCCGAGAGACAAUUGAACAAAAGGACGGUGACCACCAGCAGGCUCUUUCAUGUGACGACAAAGUUUGCCCGUCACCACACUCUGUAGACCGACCAGAAGGAGUCGAAGGUGUCAUGCCCCACGUGUCCAAGCAAGUAGCUCAACACACCGACUGUAAUAAUUCGCCCAAAAUGCAACCAGGCGACGGUAAAAGUCUCAAGGAGUCAGAGUGUCAGAGCAAUUGCGACAAUUCAAAGAAUGCUUUCCCUCCUCCGAUGACACGGCCAAGUGACAAUGAUACUGCAGCGUCCUCUGACCAGCCCCCGAAAUCUGUUGAGAUCCCCUCCAUUGUCAAAGUUGAAAACACAGAGGCAGCGCUGGAUCAUUUAGAUCCCUCUAUCAAGUCAAACACUCAUAGCACGUAUCAGCAGAGUGCCAAAUUGGCCGGCUGUUCUGCGGGUCAGCACUUCCAACAUACCACUUUAAGACGCAAAAGAGGCCGCAAGAGAAGACGGCGAGUACCCGUUUUGUUACGUCAUGACGGUAGAGGUGAAAUUCAGUACAAAACAGACUGCCCUGAUACAAACACUGUGGCUGACCAAAACAUUAUCUACAUCCGAAAAGGGUCAAAAACCCUGCUGAAAUGUGCCGUCUGCAGCCGUACAUAUAAAUUUAUGUCUCAGUACGUUAUCCAUCAACGCGUUCACACGGGAGAGCGGCCCUUUGAAUGCCCCGAAUGCAAAAGAGGUUUCAGCAAGAAAUCCAACUUGAAUCUCCAUCUUAAGACACACGUAAAGAAUACCUCAAGUCAAGAAAGUCCAGAUUGCAAAAUGUUCUCCGAUAAGACGUAUUUUAGCCACACGGCGAUCCACGCUAAAGGCCCAGACCGAGAAGAUUGCAAGUUAAGCGCGGACGAUACCUCUGGAGAAGAAACUCGAGAGAGAGCUUUGGCCCCUGGAAAGAGCGAAAGCAAAGUGUGCCAGUAUUGCGGGAAGUCGUUCAAAUUUCAAUCGGCCCUCAUAAGACACGAGCGUGUCCACACGGGGGAGAAGCCUUACAAAUGUGGUAUUUGCGGCAAAGCCUUUGGCCAGUCAUAUUUCCUCCGCGUGCACGAGCUGACGCAUUGGUCGGUGAAGCGUUACAAUUGUACGGGCUGUAAAAAGUCUUUCAGUCAUUAUAGCAACGCAAGAAAUCAUACGUGCAGACCUCCGGAAAGCAUCGAGCCCAGCCGACAGUUAGCAAAACCUUCCCUGACGUACACGUGUCACAUUUGCAAGAAUGUCUUGGACAACCUGCAGAAGUUCAACAAGCACAUGAGAGCUCACAUUGGUACAAAGCUGUAUCGCUGUUUGUAUUGUGACAAGCUGUUUGGCGGGCUAUCCGAGUUUCACGCCCAUUGCGGUUUGUGCCAAGGAGAACAAAAAGCCUCCUGCGUUGGGGUCAAGGAGGAAGAGAGAAUGUCGGUCGUCGAGUACACUGUGUCUGCGCAUAGGAUUUCGUCGGAACAGAAAUUAAACCCCUCGCCCACAAACGGCAAAAGUGAAAACCACAAAAGACCACCGUCGCAGAUGACCUGCAAUAACGGCGACCCGAUCAAACGGACAGCGACACGGGCUCGUCUUCUUUCGCAUUUUGUGUCAAAAUUGAACAAACUAGACAACCGAUCGGACCCCAGGAGUUAUUUAUGCCCCAGUUGCGGUCGCCUGUUCAGGCACAUAGGAAGACUCCGGGCCCACAUGCUGACUCACGCUCCGCAUCAGAGUUACACCUGCUCCUGUUGCGGGAAGACUCUUCCAAACUGGACCAAACUGUGGCGUCAUCAAAGAGUCCACCGGCAACGUCGCGGUCGCUUCACGUGCGCGUUAUGUGGCAAAGGAUUCCGUUUUGUCGAGUCCUACAAAAAUCAUAUGAGCGAGCACCCGGGCUUCCGUUGGAUUCACUCAAAGCCGAAGACCGUGUUCCUGCCUUACAAUUGUGAUCAGUGCACAAGUCGUUUUAAGACUCUUGAUUUGUUGUUCAGUCACCAACUUUGUCAUUUCUCGACACAGGUCAUACGCCUCGGCCCCGUUUUGGAUCAGUCCUUGUAUGAUCAUUCUGUACAGUCGACGAGCAUGUUAAAUCCGGUGACAAACCGCCAAGCGGUAACGCUCUCGUUUGAAUCGGGAAACAACACCCUUGCGUCAUCAGUCCCAAAAGGCAGUGCUCUUUUGGCUUCCCAAAAUCAAGACUUGCCCCCAAAGGACUCCCCCUUUCUGACUUGGACUUCGUCUGACCAAAAGCAGGAUUUUGGCUUGGAUAAAAAUGUCCAAAGUGCAAGAACCACGAACAUGCGCGAGAAACCACCCAGGCGCCCCAGAAACGAUCGGGAUGUGCUAAAAAAGCAAAAAGAACCUCCGAGAACUGCAAACAAAUAUUCAUCUCCCCAAAAGGGGUCUUCACAAGGACUUAUUUGUGCCAUGUGUGGUCAUGAAUAUGCUGUCCUCUCAGAUCUUUAUCAUCAUUAUUUGCAACAUGCGCGAGGGCAAGUGUAAUAACCUAAUAUUGUCAUAUAAUAGCCACCACGAGCAUAUCCACUUAGCAUUACAUUCUAUUACCAGAAAACAUUUUUGCAUUACAGUACUGUACACCAAAUGUAUAUAUAUUUGAUUAAUGAUGUUCAAAGAUAAUGCACUAUGGAGCGUAACCGUUUUUGCUCAUAAUUGUCAGUUACCCAUUAAAAAGUCACUAGCCUUUGUCACCUUGUA